AUGGUUGAGCAGCCAAAACCAUUUCACAGACCUCCUCCUAAGCUGCUGUCUAAACUGUUUAUGCCAAGGGAGAAUGUUGAGAAAGUAGAAGAGUCUGGCAGUGUUCAAGGGCAAGUCAAGCAGACAGAUGCUUCCUGCAGCAAUGAGCACAUAUCCCACAGUCCCUUGAAAAUCCAGCCUAAAGAUACACACCAGUCUGUUUGUCAGAUUUGCCACAGUCAAACACAAAUCCAGCUCAAAGAACUAUUUCUUCAGACUCAGUUGCAGCCUGGCAAUACACAAAAUGUCCACGUUUGUUCUUGCCUUGUACGUUUCCAACACAGAUAUGCUUAUCUCCUUAAUCAGGAUAGUAACCAUGGACAAACACUGUUCCAGACCAAAGCUACAGGCCCAGGACUGUGUCUGCCUGGGUUGUUUUUAUUAGAAAAUCUCUAGUGUCUGGAUGCUGCCUAUAAUGACAUUAGCUUCAUUCCUAAUGACAUCAAGAACCUCUGAAAACUGAAAUGUCUGAACACUGAAGAGAACCAGCUCUCUGCUUUGCCAUCUGGGAUUUUGAAUCUUCCACUAAAAUCCUCUAUAUAUAAUACUAUAAUGUAUGGAAAAUAACUUCAUACAUCCCUUGUUCUGAAAGAAAAGAUUCAGAAUUAGCUUCAGAAGCUCACUUGUCUGGGUGCCCUUUGCUUCUCCAGAAAUAAUCUGAAGGAAAGAUAUCUACAGAACACAGAAGACAUUCAUCUUUCUAUUUUUGAUGUAUCUGUCUGCUUCUUUCCCAUGGGAGCCACGCAGACUUGUAGUUUUACUGUCUGUGAUUGCUGCAGUGGACCUUGGUAUGGCAAAGCACUUUGGCUCAUCUGACAUUACAGGAACAUACUUCAAUUUGGAAGACUUCCCCUUUGUUUCCAUGCUUACCCAUCAUUAUUCCACAGAAACCUCAUGUCCAGUUCUUUGUGGAAAGUGAUCCGAAUUGCAGCAGAGGAACUCUGA